GAUUUGUAUUUUGUUGACAUUUCGUUCGUUUCAAGAAUUAACGAAGGAAAACUUGAAUAGAAUCCUAGUUUCGUAAUAAACUAAAUAAAAAUGGAAAUUGGUGGCGAAAAUGUAGACUUCAUGAAACUGAUUAACGUUAAGGGUAAUAUUGAGAAUAUUACUCCUCACAAAAUAGCAGUAGUAGCUUUUAUACGAGAAUAUGGACUGUUGAAAAUUGAAGCAAACAGGAUGAUUGAUUGCACUGUGGCAUCUAAAUAUAGAAAGGAUUUCUGUAUGCUUGCUCUUAAAUUAAUACAGUGCCCAGAUAUGGAGUUUAAAGAAUUGGAAGCAUUGCUGACUGAUGGACGGUACAAUCUGUUGAGUGUUCAUUUACAGAACUUCUGUGUCCGUCUGCAGAACAUAUAUGUUAAUGGUGUUAGUGCUCUGACGGACUGUGUUACUUCUACAAUAGACAAGCUGAUGAUUGAGUCCAAUCCUUGCAUUAUGGCGAGAUAUAGUGUAUUAGGGCUGUAUUUACGAAGAAUAUUGCUCCACUUAGAUAAGUUAACCUUUGUUCAAGUUGUGUCAUUGUACAAGUCAUUUUGUCUGUAUUACCAGAGAGGCAGGCCUGGAUUAAUGAUGAGGUCUUUAAGCAAAGAGAAAUUAAACAAUAUGGAGCAGCAGACAACAACUACAUCUCCAGUGAUGCCUGAAGAAUCUAAACCAUUGGAAUUAUCUAUGAGAAUGAAUAUAAUAGAUAGAGAUAACAGUUUUGAAGAAUGCCAGUGGUCGAGGAAACAAGCUGAAUUAUUCACUGCGCAGCAAGCUAAUUUAUUACAAAUCAAUGAGAAGAAAGCUAUGCCACCUCGACAGUUACAGAAAACCAUUAUACAAAUAAUCAAUGAUAUACCUGAAUACCCAGAUAUUCAUUUCCUCAGUUUUCUAAAUUGCAUCCGGUCUAAAGAGUUCAGUGGUGCCCAGGACUCUUUGUAUAAUUACUUUGACAGAACAAUAUUUAACUCAACUGGGAACAACAAUACUGGCAAUGAUAGAAACAAGAAUUUUCGUUAUGCAGCUCUAAACAGAGCGGCAAUGCAUACACAUUUUGGUCAUAGAUCAGUUGCAAUGGAGGCUGUACGCGAAGCAUUGGCGCGGGCGCAGGAGGCCGCGGACUACGCGUGCCUGGUGGGCGCGGCCACGUGGGGUGCGCUGGCGGGAGGGCGCGCCCGUCGAGCGGCCCUGCUUACGCGGGCCCCGCGCGACCCGCCACCCGGGGCCCCUGCUGCACCUCUCGCCGCGCCGCCCGCUGCUGCGCCCUCCCACCCGCGACAUACCGCCGCCGCUGCGCAGCUGCUCGCGCAGCACGCUGCCGUCAAUGGCGCCAAACCUGCCUAUAUCUUUCAGGUCAUUAUGCGGGGAGACUCAAUAAAUUAUCUGCACUCGAUGACUGACCUCACGAUGGCCGGGUUAGCAAACACUGCUGCGCUAUGGGCGCUCUACGGCAAGACCGAGAUGGCAUCAGUGGCCUGUCAACUUCUACUUGGUCUUAACACUAAAUGCAAGGUUGGCAGCGGCAGCGUGUGGCACGCGCCUCCGUCGCUGAGCACGGGCGGCGCGGGCGCGGCGGCGGUGGCGGCGUGGCGCGGCGCGGCGGCGCUGCAGCACGCGCUGGCGUCGCACCUGCCCGCGCCGCUCGCGCCGCGCCACCACGCCGACCGCGCGCUCUAUGCAGGAAAGUGGGAGGAAGCGGAACAGAGCAUCAGGCAACUGGCGUCUUCAGACAGAUGGGAGAGUCAACUACUAAAAGCCGAAAUGUAUUACCUAAAGGGAGACGCGACCGAGGCGCUCGAGUCACUGUACGAUAUACUGGAUUACUGCAAGACUGAAGACGACAGCCUACACUUCGUAUCCCUCAGAGUUAAAGCCAUGAUACUUAUGUCUCAAGUCCAACACUCGUUCAGUAACAUACAAUCAACUAAUAUAAUGUUACUGAACGAAGCUUUGUGGUUGGCAAAGGGUUACCAUUUACAUUAUUUAGCUGCUACCGCUGAAAUGCAUUUGGCUAAUGUACAAAUAAGUAUGGGGUGUGCGAAGAACGCGUUGUCACUAGUCAGGAAAGCUUUGCCUACUAUUAUGGCGGAUGGCAGUGCAUACGACAUGGCUAGAGCCAUGUUGUUGUACACGAAGUGCCGGAUCGCGACCGCGGCUCCGUCGGGUGAAGCGAGGCUGCAAGUGCUUCAGUCGUGUUGUGAAGCGCUAGAAUUCGUCAAAAAGAACUUCGCCAAAGUUGGCGCUCAUGUUCGGCUAUUGCAAACAUGGUAUUUACAGGCUCAAUUAUACCACGACAUUGGUAACCACGCGGCAAGGAAUCAGUGCGCUUGGAUGUACCGGCAAUUAGAAUUACAGAAUUCUGUAGAACCAUCUAAUAUGUUACUGGUUAUGUAUUAAACUAUUUAUUUACAAAAA